GUCUCGCCGGCGACCCCUCCCGCACACUCGCGCACAGUGGCGCUUGGGCGCUCACGGAACAGGCACCGGCGCCCAGAGCGAGUCAGCGAGCUGCGAGCCGGGGACCUACAGGGCAGAGCCAGUAGAGCGGAGAGCGAGCAGAGCCCACGACUACCUUACGCCCCAGAAUCCCACGUCCGACCCCAGCCGGCCCGUGUCCCCGCCGCCCUCCCUGACCCAUGGCGCUGAAGAGGAUUCAGAAAGAAUUAAGUGAUCUACAACGUGACCCACCUGCUCAUUGUUCAGCUGGACCUGUGGGAGAUGACUUGUUCCACUGGCAAGCAACUAUUAUGGGACCUCCUGAUAGCGCCUAUCAAGGUGGAGUCUUCUUUCUCACUGUACAUUUUCCGACAGAUUAUCCUUUUAAGCCACCAAAGAUUGCUUUCACAACAAAAAUUUACCAUCCAAACAUAAACAGUAAUGGAAGUAUUUGUCUUGAUAUCCUGAGGUCACAAUGGUCACCAGCUCUGACUGUAUCAAAAGUUUUAUUGUCCAUAUGUUCUCUACUUUGUGAUCCUAAUCCUGAUGACCCCUUAGUACCAGAUAUUGCACAAAUCUAUAAAUCAGACAAAGAAAAAUACAACAGACAUGCAAGAGAAUGGACUCAGAAAUAUGCAAUGUAAAAUCAAAAAAAUUUUUCAUAUAUACCAGAGUACUGUAAAAUCUAGGUUUUUUUUCAACAUUAGCAGUAAAUUGAGCACUGUUUACUGUUUCAUUGUACCAUGAAAUCCUUUGAAUUUUACCCAUUUUACAUGUAUUUCUGAAGCAAGACACACUUCUAAAAAUACCCUUAUGACUGUGAUGAGAGCAUCUGUCAUUUUGUACGCAUUGAGAAAGACAUUUAUUAUGGUUUUUGAGAUACAUCUGCAUCUUCAGCUUACAAGAUCUGCAAUGCAUCUGAAAAGCAACCAAAUUAUUUUUUGCUGAAACUAGAUGUUUUUACAUGAGAAAUACUGUAUGUGUUGUCUAAGAUGGUAUCAGUUUUAUAAAUCUGUAUUCAGAUUUCAUUCUUUGUUAGCUCACUUUAUAAUUUGUAUUUUUUUACUGUAUAGACUAAAUAUAUUCUAUUUACAUGUAUGUAAACUCAUUACCUUUUUCCUGUGAACAGUAUUGGAAAAAACCCAACAGCUGGUAAUUAAAUGAAUUAACUGUCUGUCUCCCUUGUUUUAGGGUAUUCUGUAGAUUGAUUGGAUUUCUUAAACCUGAAAUGAACCUUUACACUGUAAUUCUCAGUAUCCUGAUUAUGGAGAAACACUCAUUUUGAUUUUGUUAUACUUGACUUAACUUUAUUGCAAUGUGAAUUAAUUGCACUGCUAAGUAGGAAGAUGUGUAACUAUUAUUUGUUGCUAUUCACAUCUGAAUUUUUUUCUGUAUAGGCAAUAUUAUAUUGACACCUUUUACAGAUAUUAAUGUAGCCUUUUCCAUAUAAAUAAAAUGCUUUUUCUACUA